AUGGCGGAGCCGGGGCCGGACUGCAGCUCUCUGCUCGACGAGGAUCUUUCUUCCUUCGUCUUCAGUUACCUCGCUGACAGCCAGUACGAGGUGUCUGGCGAGGAGCACCUCUACUCUGACUUCCCCGAGAUUGAUUUGUCUCAGCUGGAUGCCAGCGACUUCGACUCAGCCGGCUGCUUCAGCGAGCUGCAGUGGUGCGGGGAGCACUCGGAGACCGACUCCAGCCAGUACAGCACCGACGACUCCGAGCUCUUCCAGAUAAUAGACAGCGAGAAUGAAGCGCUGCUGGCAGCCCUCACCGAGACAUUGGAUGAUAUACAGGGAGAUGACAUGGGCCUGGCUGCCUUCCGAACUAUGGAAGAGGGGGACACGCUCAACCAUGCCUACACCUCGCCUGCCCCCUCCCCCAAACCCACCGCCCCGGUCACGGGGGGGCCGCCCCCGGCCCCCGAGUUUGAUGAGCUGUCUCUACUGAAGAAGUUGCUCCUCUCUCCAUCGCACGUGCCUCCGAGCUGCGAGGCUCAGCGGGACGGGAGCGCCCGGCGCCCGGGGACCCCUAAAUCCCGACCCGCACGGCCCUGCACAAAGGUGGAGGGUCCCCGGGACAGGAGGGCGAGCGUCCCGCAGGCGCAGAGCCGCAGCUGCACCGAGCUGCACCGGCACCUCACCUCCACCGCUCCCUGCCCCCAGACCAAAGCCCCCCGGGCACCUGAAGAGUGCCCCAGCGGCCGCCACCACCCGUCCCCGGGCGACUGCGCCCAUCACGAGGAUGACAGUGACUCCAGUGAGGACUCGCUGAGCUCCGGCGACUCGGUGACCCCCCCCUCCUCGGGGGAGGAUGGCUCCGGCAGCCAGUUCUCCUGUGAGGGGGAGAUGCACUCGGUGGUGGAGCUCAUCCGCUACAUGCACACCUACUGCCUGCCACCGCGGAAGCUGCCCAGCCGCGAUGCCGCCGACGCCAAGCCCCAGCCCUGCAGCAGCCCCUUCAAAAGAGCCAAACCGGACUGCCCCGCGCAGCCGGGCCCCCCCGGCAGUGCCCAGAACCGGCCGGGCUGCGCCUGGCAGGCGGCAGGGGGAUGCAAGAAGCCCGGAGCAUCCUUCUCUAUCCUGAAGGAGCUGCUGGCGCGGGACCUGCUGUGCGAUGUGAGCAAGCCAUACCGCCUGGGCAAGCCCGUGUACGCCGCCCUGGCCCGGCCGCCUGGCUCCCGCUCCCCUGUGCCACCAGCCCAGGAUGGGGAGGAUGCCGGUGGGACCUGCAUAUCCAGAGCCAAAACGGCACCGGAGAAGGGUGAGCCGUGGCAGAGCCCCAGGGCCGAGGCAGAGGCACUGCGGGAGCCAGCUGGCCUCGAGGACGAUGCUGGGAAGCGUGCGGGCACCCCGGGCGCAGCCGCAGGAAAAGUGGCCCGCAAGCAGGAGAGCACCGUUUACGCCGUCCGCCGGUCCAAGAGACUCAACCCCGAGCUCGGCCACUGGCUCUCCUUCCUUGACGAGCCGCCCCCCGAGCCCUCCGUCCCCCGGGAGGCAGGGGAUGGCCGCGGCCCCCGGGAGGCCCUGGUCUGCAGAGACCCCGCACCGUGCCCGGUGCUGGAGGGCUUCUCCGCCGAAGAGCCUGCGGCCGAAGUGGAGGUGGGGGGCACGGCACCCCCGGCAGAGCCCCAGCCCCUCUCCCUGGGCUCCCCGGGGGACGGCGAGGCGGGUGACGGGACUGAGAGCCGGCGCUGUGCCCUCCUGGAGCAAGCAGAAACACCCAGGUGUCUCACGCUGUCCUUGGCACAAACUGACCCAACCUUUGGGAAGAGAAACUUUGAGCCGAUGCUGACGGUGGAGCUGUGUGGGACAGCAGGUCUCACGCCGCCCACCACUCCGCCGUAUAAGCCCGCCGAGGAGGACCUGUACAAGCCAGACAUCCCCCAGGAGCCAGGGAAGGAGGACGGGACGGCCCCCAGCCCUGGGGGCGCAGGGGACGCAGCAGCCUCCCGGAAAGCCCCCAGGAAGCACCCAGAGAGGACGGAGCUCUUCGCCCACCUCAGCCGAGCCGUCGGGCGCCCCGUGCUCCCCGAGCAGCAGGGCGUGCUCAAGCGGCCCUUCUCCCGCUCCUUCGGGGACCACGACUACUGCCAGGUGCUGAAGCCCGAGGCCGCCCUGCAGAGGAAGGUGCUCAAGUCUUGGGAGCCCCCGGGCCAGGUGGAGACAGAGCACAAGAGGAGGGUCCCGGCCGCCCACUACCAGGGGCUGGACCUCGGCGGCAAGGAGGCGGGCAGCGAGAUGCUGUGGAAGGACGGCGUCAAGCAGCUGAGAGACCAGGAGAUCAGAGCCAGCUUAACAAAGCACUUUGGCUUUCUGGACAGUGCUCUCGAUGACGAGGACAUGGUCUUCUGCAAGACCCCCGAGUAUGACACUGUCUUUGAAGACAGCUGCAGUGAGAGCGGCUCCCCCUUGGAGGAGGAGGAAGAGGAGGAGGAGGAGGAGGUCCAGUUCAGGGUCUUCGUGCUGCCGGUCCCGAUCACCCGCAAGCAGACGCACCUUCAGUGCGUGGCAGCUCUGGCUGUCUCUGCUCUGAUGGCCCAAGUGAUAAAGAUGUGUGAGAACAGCGAGCAGUGUCAGGGCGGGAGCGGGCACCGGGGCCAGCUGGAGAAGAGACGGGAAAAGGCCAUCGGGGAAGGCCGUGUGGUGUAUAUCAAAAACCUCUCCAGCAGCAUGAGCUCCAGUGAACUGAAGAAACGCUUCGAAGUGUUUGGUGAAAUCGUGGAGUGUCAGGUCCUGUCCAGGACUAACAGGGGGGAUAAAUAUGGCUUGAUCACCUACCGGUAUUCAGAGCAUGCCGCCUUAUCUCUGAAGAAUGGCACCUCGCUAAGGAAGAGGAACGAGCCUUCGUUCCAGCUCAGCUCUGGUGGCCUCGGGCACUUCGUCUGGACCAGAUACACUGACUUGGAUUGCAGCGUGGAGGAGUCCUCCCCAGCUCCAGUGAAAAGCAAGUACGAGACCAUGGAUUUCGACAGCUUGCUGCAGGAGGCCCAGCUAAGCCUGCAUCGGUAA